AUGACCCCUCUGACCAACUCAAUGUUGCCAGUCAAUGACAGCUUUGAGUUCCUGGACCAAAAUGGGCAACUAUGUUGCCGGUUUCCUCCUGGGCCUAAUCGCACUCUGGGCUAUACAACAAUGAGCUCCUCAGUCCAUCAAAGUUACGGUCCCAUCAACAAUCCACAGGCUCUGGAAGCUCAAGUUCAAGCUGCGCCCCAAGCUGAGUCGAUCCCAAUCAACCUGAUGAAGCUCAGUCGCUUCAAUUGUCCUCAACACCCCGUCAAUCACCUCAUGCGGGACAUUCGGUCCCAUCGUAUCCGACCAACUAGAAUACCCGUGCUGGUUCAUGCUACACCAAAAUGUCAUGCUCAGAUGACCAAUCCUGAUCUGACUCCCCAAGGCUGCUCGUCUUUGACAAUGUAUUCUGACUUGUUAGCCCUAGAUGAUGAGAUAGAUCUACUCAAAAACCCCAGCCGCUCACCUUCGCCCAACGAACAAGAUUCUAGCCAUGGCACCCCGGUCUUAGAAGAUUCGGAACCUGUCGCCCCAGUUUCUGUUAAUCAAAUCAUCAUGAUCAAUUUUCAUUUACAUUUGCCCAUCUUUGAACAAAGACCACACAAGAGAAAAGUGGCUGGUUCAGAUGUUCCGAAAACAAGGGCUUAUAAAUCAAACGUUGGUAAAGUGACAAUCAGCUGGGAUCUACUGAAUAAGGAUCUGGCCGCUUUCAAAUCGGAAGUGAUCACGGCAAUUCUCACCCAUGAGGCCAAGAGCCUUGCGGGUUUUUUGGAGCGUAGUGAGGCAGCUGGGAUUAUCAGCUGGAUAGGUAGUAUUGUUCACGGUGGGGAAUUUGCCUCUGGGGCAAAUGAGCAGUUGGGGCAGCCCGGGUUGACUCAGAAGGAUCCCAAGGCUAUCGCCAAUAAACAAUCCGCUUUGGACGGUUUAGAGCAGCUCGAUAAUCCUGGUACUGCAGCAGGGCCGACCUUUCAACCGUCGACUGCCACAGCUGAUCGCGCCAAAAUCAACGAGUACAUUGGUAAGAUCCUUGCAACCUACACUCCUCGUCCUCAGCUGACCAGGAGCUCCAAUAAGUCGGUUUUUGUCAACCCGAAGAAAGGCCAGGAGUACUUUGUAAUCACAAUGCGCAGGGCUGAAGCUUGGGGCAAAGCAAUGCACACCAUGCCGGCCACCGUGGAUUUGCGGACCCCUCCGAAGACCCCUAUGUUUGACUACACCACCGGACCACUCGAGGCAGACGGCCGACCCCCGGCGGCCAUCACCCAGCAGCCAGCCCCUACCUACGCCUUUCCCCCAUACCCUCACAUGUAUCCCCCUAUGAACUAUAUGCCUCAAUACGGAUUCCAAGGCGCCGGAAUCACUCAUCCCCAUCCACACCCUGUGGUCCCUCCGGUCGGCGGUCUCGGUGGUGUUGGUCAAGACUCGAGUGCAGCUAAUACUCCAAGGAACUCUCAGCCGGAGUCAUCCCCUGCUCCAUCAGACACAGAAGGCGAGGACGGUAUCAGAUGCUUCCUCAAAUACGCUCGGGUGGAUCCUGAUAGCUCAGCAGUUUGGAUGGCUUAG